AUGGGCGAAAACGAAAGCGUCUCUCUUGGGGCAAAUACCCCACCCGCGCAAACGAGAUCGCCACUGCUCCCAAGGAAUCUCUCUCCGCCUGCGAUACCAGUCAGAAGGAUCCGGCGCAAGACUUCCUUCGUCCUUCGAUCAGACUCCGACGAUAACAUCUCAACUUCGCACGAUUCGAUAUUCGAAGCCAGCUGUCUUUCGGGUAGCGACGAGAACUGGAACGGAAUUGCCCUUGCCACGCUGUCUGAGACCAAGCCAUCAACCGGUGAACGAAAGAAUGAUGAAAAUGCACGGGAGAGGGUUACACAUCCAACCAGGACGUCGGUCCAGGACGUCGAGUUUCGGUACGGCCGUGGAACGGUGCUUGUCCCAAUAAAGGAGCAAACAAGCUAUACUACUAUUGGCUCCCUCGCGCGUUCCAAGUCGGUUAAUGACAUGACGAAGUUUCCGUUUCUCACUCAUCGCGACAGUUUCACGGUUGCCAAAAGCCCGCGUUGCAAGCAGUCCUUCAGUCUGGAUGACAUUGCUAGAACUCAAGAACCAUAUCAUGAUGCAUGUGCGAUUAUUGAGGGAGCAUUGACUACAUCUAUUGCAAUUCAUGAGGUAUAUGCAGAGCCCAAAGCUCCUCUCCACGCACCGUUACAACGACGACCAACGCCCCCCGGCAUGCCAUCUUGGACGGGAGGCCAAAAUAUCCCCCCACGACCACGACAAUCUGCUCCUCAACAAUCCCGCCUUCAAAGGUUUUUGGGCCUCCCAGCAAGCUUCACUCUAUCUUCUCGAAUGCCACGUCAUUGUCCAAACAAUGGAACCAGAUCUGUAUCUGCCCCUGUAAAUCGACGGGUUCCAGUAUUCAGGCCACCCAGGAGCGUAUAUGGACAUAUUGUCCAACAUCCGUUCAAUAAUGCUCCCGUAGCAGCAGUUCAGCAGCGAACUACACAUGUUACCAGCUCGGAAAACACGUCUAGAUUGAGAAAGCAACACAGACUCGGCCAACAAGUACGCUUCACGCCUUCCGCUACAGCAAGAGAUUCUGAAAUGAACACUCUUCGAAAUGCAAUUGAAUCGACUAGUACCUCUGCGUUACACCCGAUGGCGAUUGGCCCGAUCCCGAUGGAAGCAAUCCCGAAUUCUCCUCAGGUGCCAUCAACUAGAAAAUGUCCACAUGGAAAAAAUCGGAAGGCACGCCUCGAAGGUUUGCAUCAUGGUGUGAAUUCCCAGAACGCAGCUCCAGCCAAUACCGAAAACAUGUCAUCUCUAUCCCCAACUCGCUUGAAUCCCGCCAAUAUCAUAACACCAACAUCCUCGCCAACAUCCUCACCAAGCGGACCAAAUUCAGUCGCGUCAUCGCCUCGAGUUUCUACUGCAGCUGAAUUUGGCGUUACGGGCGAGUGGAGCAGCCGUCCCAUAUCAGCCUCUUCAACAACACAACUUCUAGCGGGUACGGUACCAUCCCCUCGGACAGCAAUGCUGGGCUCACCUAACCCCACCUCAAGAGGUUCAUCCAAAAGACCUUCGCUUGCAAGAAAUGCGAAUAUCAAAAUAGAUGACUCUAGGUGUUGGCGAUGCCAUUUCGUGAAAGCUGCUGAGAAACUGGACCAGUGGUGGGAACGAAGUACAGACUUGUUCUGCUUCAUUUGCUGCGGGUUUGAGGCUGACGAGGAGAUGGGCAUGCACGGCUUUGAUGGCCCAAGUGACCUGGUGGGUCCCAGGAGAAUCAUUCUAGACUCGACGCCUGCAGUUGCCUUGUAA